AUGGCUAAGGUUCUGGACGACAUCUCUCAUCGGAGAUAUAAUCCUCUGCGCGGCUCUCAUAUCCUUGUUUCGCCUCACCGGACCAAGCGUCCCUGGCAAGGAGCACAGGAAAGCCCCUCGAAGACUACUCUGCCGGCCUAUGACCCCAAGUGCUACCUCUGCCCCGGGAACCAGCGCGCGCAAGGCGACACCAACCCUAAGUACGAAAGCACCUUUGUUUUCGUCAAUGAUUACAGCGCGGUGAAAGAGGAGCAGGCAGCCUAUGAGGGCAACUCGGGAGAUGAACUUGAGUCGCGAUUCCUCAGGGCCGAGCCCGUCACCGGCAAAUGCUACGUCUUGACCUUCUCUGCGGCACACAACCAAACGCUAGCCGACCUGGCCCCCAUCGAGAUAGUGCCGGUCAUCAAUGCCUGGACUGAGAUCUAUGCGGCCCACCUGUCGCCCAAGUCCCCGCUCGCACAGAACGCCCCGCCUACCACCAUCCAGCCUACCUCGCCUCACGCCAGUGUCACCAAGCCAAAGGAGCAAUACCGGUACAUGCAGAUCUUCGAGAACAAAGGCGCUGCGAUGGGUUGCUCCAACCCACACCCCCACGGCCAGGUCUGGACCACCAGCACCCUGCCCGAGGAGCCUGCCGCCGAGCUGGAGCAGCUGCGCCGGUACCGCCAGGAGCACGGCGGUAGCCACUUGUUGGAAGACUACGCUACACUAGAGAGCAAGAAGCAAGAGCGCGUGGUCUUCGAAAACGAGAGCUUCGUUGUUGUGUGCCCCUGGUGGGCGACCUGGCCCUUCGAGACCAUGAUCGUCAGCCGAACUCACAAGCGCUCGCUCGUCGAUCUGACCGAGGCCGACAAGACUCUACUCGCCGAGGCGAUUGCGGAGAUCACGCGCCGCUACGAUAACCUUUUUGAGACCCAUUUCCCUUACAGCAUGGGGAUUCACCAGGCGCCCCUGGAGGGCACUGAUGAGGAGUUCGAGGCCUCAUACUUGCACUUGCAUUUCUAUCCACCGCUACUGCGUAGUGCCACCGUGCGAAAGUUCUUGGUCGGGUACGAGCUCAUGGCGGAGCCUCAGCGCGAUAUCACCCCGGAGCAAGCUGCGGCCCGUUUACGAGGUUGUGGUGGGGAGUUGUAUCGGAAGAAGCUGGAGUAG